AUGUCAUUAGAAAACGCACUAGUCUCGGUAAAAGUGGUAGUUUUAGGCGAUAUUGGUAGAAGUCCACGUAUGCAAUAUCAUGCCCUGUCUCUGGCGAGUUCGGGAAUAAAAGUGAAUAUCAUAAGUUAUACGGAAACUAAGCCUUUGCAUGAUGUUGAGCAAAAUGCCAAUAUUAAAAUAACAAAAUUGCAUCGUCUAGAAAUAGGAGGCCCUAAGUUGAUACAGUAUUUUGCCAAAGCAUUAUGGCAGAGUAUAAGUUUACUUUUAACAUUAUUUAUUACGGGAAAAUGUGAUUUUGUGAUGUGCCAGAACCCACCUGCCAUACCAACUUUGCCAAUAUGCAAAUUUUACUGUCUGAUUACAAAAACAAAAUUUAUAAUUGAUUGGCACAAUUAUGCUUACUCAAUUAUGGCAUUGUCUUUAAAAUCUGAUCAUCCCCUGUUAAAAUUGUCUAGUAAAAUAGAAAAGUGGUUUGGCCAAGGUGCAGACAACAACCUCUGUGUUACUUAUGCCCUAAAAGAGGAUCUUUUAGAGAAAUGGAGUAUAAUCGCAACUGUUUUGUAUGACAAGCCACCAAGAAUAUUUUAUCCACUCUCACAGGAAGAAAAACACAAUUGGUUUGUCAAAUUAGGAAAACAAUAUGAAGAAUUUACAGACCUUAAAGCUGUCAAUCCCAAGAUGAAGACAGCAUUUACAGAAGUAGUUGACGGAAAUGUGACUAUGAGGAGUGACAGACCGGGUUUGUUGUUUAGCAGUACAAGCUGGACACCAGAUGAAGACUUUAGUAUAUUGAUGGAUGCCUUACAAGUUUAUGAAACAACCUAUAACCUGUCAAGAAAGAUGCCCAAAUUAGUUUGUGUGAUAACUGGUCAGGGUCCUAUGAAGGAGUAUUAUAGAAACCAGAUUGCCUUGCGUAAUUGGAAAAAUGUCACUGUCAUCACACCUUGGUUGGAAGCCGCCGAUUAUCCAAAAAUGGUAGCCAGUGCAGAAUUAGGUGUGUGUCUCCACACUAGUUCAUCAGGAUUAGAUCUACCAAUGAAGAUAGUUGAUAUGUUUGGUGCUGGACUCCCAGUUGCUGCUUAUCAAUUUAAAUGUUUAAGUGAACUCGUACAGGAUGGUAUAAAUGGAUAUACAUUUCAAAAUAGUGCUGAAUUAUCAAAACAAAUUGUUGGUUGGUUUGAAAAUUUCCCAAACAACAAAGAGCAAAUUAAAAUUGCUGACAAAAUGAGGAGAGAAUUGAUCAAGUUUCAAGAAUCGAGAUGGGAAGAUAACUGGAAUUUAAGAGCCAAGAAAUUUUUUGAAUUGUAA